AGACAGCUGUAUGGAUGGGCUUCCCGGCCUGGUCCUCAGCAUGGCACUUUCUAGAACCAGCCCAUUUUGCUUGGUUCUGUUUUUCAAAAAGGUGAAACUGGGGUGGGGCCAAAAGGAGGGUGAGAGACAGGAAGCUAACAGACUAAGCCAUGACUCUAUUCUAUAAAAACAGCUACAAAGGACAUCAAUAAGAGUAAAUGGAAGUUAUGGCCAGAGGAUCCCAGCAGGCAACAUGACUAAAAAGAAGCAGGAGAAUCUGGGUGUCGCUCUAGAGAUCGAUGGGCUAGAGGAGAAGCUGUCCCAGUGCCGGUGGGACCUGGAGGCCAUGAGCUGCCGGCUCCACAGGGCAGAGCUGAGCCCCGAGGACAGCAGGUCUCUGGAGGAGGAGAGAAACAGCCUAAUGAAUAGAGCUUCCAACUAUGAGAAGGAGCUGAAGUUGCUUCGGCAGGAGAACUGGAGGAACAUGCUGCUCUCGGUGGCCAUCUUCCUCCUCCUGGCCCUGCUGUACGCACACUGGACCAUGUGAGUCGGGUUCUUCCGGACCAAGUGGGCCCUCGAAGCCUUCCGUGCACCAGGCACACUUGGGCAUUCAGCUGAGUCCCCGUGGCCCGGGCCCAGGUUUUGGAAGGAGGGUGCUGGCUCCCCCUCAGCCCGAGUGACAGGCAAUAAAGAACA